AUAUUUGGUUGGAAUUUUUUGGAUUAUUUAUUUAUUUGCAGUAAGAGUAAAAGAAACCGCAAGUUAUAACUAAGACGGAAUUUUCGUAGGGUGGUGUUCAUGGCAAGAAGGCUCAGCAUAUGAAAUUGAUUAUACAUUUUAUGGUUCUUUCCUUAGGGACAAAUCGGUCAAAGGAAUUUUCGAAAUAUGGAGAAAGAUCUAACACCGAAUUCAUAUGUAUCAAAUAUAAAUGAUAGUUUAUGUAGAACUUGUCUACUCAAUACUAAUUCAUUAGUUCACACUUCCAGUAAAAUUAAUUUAUCAAACAACAAAGAAUUAUUAAUAAUGGAAGUGUUAUCAGAAUGUGGUAUUGAACAGAUUUUAGCCGGUGAUAAAUUCCCAAAGGGGAUGUGUAGGUCAUGCCUUGAGAAACUUCAAAUGAUUUAUGAGUUUAGGAAAAUGUGUGAAGACUCUAAAGAAAAGUUCAUGGAAAUAACCCUCCUAAAUAAAGUUGAGUCUCAAGAAUCUUCAAAAGUCACAAAUUUUAUGAAGCCCUCGAAAGAUUUUCAUUUCGAUCUAGAGGUUGAUAAAGAUGGUGGAAAUGAAGAGGAAUGUUUAAACUUGGCUAAUCAACCGGCAAAAUCUUACGAAUUAUUUUCUUGUCCAAUUUGCCAAAAAGAAUAUACUUCAAAGUAUAACAUGCAUCGUCAUGAAAAAAUUCAUAUUGAUGCUGAAGAAUUCACUUGCAAAAUAUGUAAAAAACAAUUUUCUCGUAGAACUGACGUGAAAAGACAUAUGUCUAUUCAUAGUGGAAAUAAGCCAUAUAUUUGUGUUGUCUGUAAUACUUCAUUCAGCCAGAGUGGAUCACUCUCAAGGCAUAUGAAAGUACAUGAAGAGUUCAAAAAUCUCCCAUGUCCGAAAAAAAGUUCGGAGGUGAUAUCACAUUUAUGUAUGAUGUGUGGAAAAUCAUUUAAGACCUCAUCUAGUUUAUCAAUCCAUUUGAAGAGACAUACAGGAGAGAAAAGCCAUCAAUGUACAAUCUGUGACUUGAGGUUUGUCUGUAGUUCUAGUCUGAGAAAUCAUAUGAGAACUCACACCAAAGAACAACCAUUUAUUUGUACAUUAUGUGGAAAAAGAUUUUCACAUUCAUCAGUACUCAAUAGACAUAUGAGAACUCAUUCUAAAACAAAAUAUUUUUCUUGUGAAGUUUGUCUAAAAAGUUUCUCUACGAAGUAUUAUCUGAGUAUACAUAAAAGACAGCACACUGGGGAGAAACCUUACAAAUGCAAAGAAUGUUUCAAAUGUUUUGCAGAUCCUAAGAAUUAUAAGCAUCAUUUAAGAAUUCAUCUCAAGUUGAAGCCUUAUUCAUGCACUAUUUGUGGCAGAAAUUUCAGAAGGAAGCAUCAUUUGAAUUUUCACAUAGGAAGUCAUUAUAGUAAAUAAAUUCAAUAAGUAUGAA